CUCACCCCCUCGGUCACACCUCCUCCAUCUUCAUUCCACCAUUACUGCCAUUGUUUUAACCAUUACUCUGGAGUUAUUCGCUGUGUCGAUCAGAGCGAGCGAGUCAUAAUUCUAUCCUUUCCUGGUAAACCGACCCCGAAUUUGUCAGACUCCCAGGAUCUACCCGAGUCUUUGUCUUCUCCGCAUUGCCUCAUCAGCCAGGCUGAGACGGAUUGCGACACUUCACUCGCCAAUUCGCGACAUAUCACCCUCUCAUUCCGGGCCCACCGUCUCACCUCAACAUGCCAAACCCAUCGCAGCUCUUUCUUCUUGCAGACCAUAUCAAACUCUCCCUCCUAGAACGACAGCGAGCGAUCUCAUUGGAUUUGGAACCCAACAGCCAAGACGGAGAGAUCUCUCGCUCUUUGGAAUCGUUGCACGACGGCAUCGAGGAUGUCGAAAGGGACCUCUCCCAGCUGGAGCAGGCCCACGAUGAUGGCGCCGCCGAGUUGAAAGACCAGCUAUUCCAUUUGAAAUCGCAGUAUCAAGAUUUGUCAUCUCAGUUCAGCGGACACAGCACCUCAGCCGGCGCCAGCGGCUCAUCCCCAUCGCCUGAAUUCGCCAAUGUCAAGUCGUCUCCUGAUCUCAAACAGCCGGUUCCGCAGCACCCUCCUUCAAAGUCAGUGCGGUUCAUGAACUCGGCUACAGAAGAAGCCGAUCUCGAGCGACAAAACCUCUUCCACCCUUACCGCGACUCACCUUCCCCUCCCAGUGUAGAUCAAUCUGACAUGUCGAAUGAACAAAUAUAUGAUCGACACAAUGAGAUCAUGCGGGACCAGGACGAACAGUUAGAUCGUCUAGGCGAAUCCAUCGGACGACAACACCAACUCAGUAUCCAGAUUGGGGAUGAAUUAGAAGGCCACGUCGCGCUGUUAGACGGUAUGGACGGUGAUGUUGACCGACAUCAACAUCGGCUAGAUGGGGCUAGAAAACGACUGGACAAGAUCCGGAGAAGCGCGGGUGACAAUUGGAGCUUGAUGACAAUCGUCGGUUUGAUCAUUAUCCUGGUCAUUCUCAUUGUCAUUUUGAAAUAAAGCCUAGAGCGUAUAGAACCUCUGGUAAACUUCACAUUCUUGUGAGCUUUGAUCAAGGGCGUGUUUCUCUGGAAGGCGCAGGGCGUUUCUUUUUUGGGCCGGGGGGCGGGAUUCCCUAUGAAUGGAUCGUUGGUUUGCCUUAUAUUGAUGUUUGAACUUAUAUGGUGUCUGGAGUGAUAAAUUACGGAUUUGUUCGUUAUAUGGCAGCAAUUAUUUCAUUACACUAGUUUCAUGCAGCUCCCAACAGGGACUUGGGGCCCUACACAAUCUACAUCUUACAUCCCAUAUCAAUAUCAUACACCCGAUCUUAUUCCUCAGGGGUAGUUACACAUGACACCAUGAAGGACUAGGUUAAGUUUAUCAAAUCAGGCACCUCUUCUUAAAGCUCAGUUUAUACCCAGUACACCGAUUAAGAAAAGACAAUAGUACAAAAGAAGGAAAAAAGGAAGCUAAGAUCAAUCCCUUUAUUGAGUCUUACUCCCUGGCCCCUCCUGGUUGGGUAGAUGCUUUGUCUUCUCUUGUAGAUUUUUCAGAUCGUAUCCGUCACUAUCGAGCUCACCCCGAUCCGCUUUGACCUCGAAGCUUCACUGUUACUAGCAAGUUCCUGCUUCCACUUCCCCUUUCCUUCCUUGGUACUUCUC